ACCGCCCCCGGGCCCACCGCCAUCUUGGGGGGUGGUGCAGUGCGGGGUCAACUGGGGGUGUGGGUGUAGUGCCAGCGAAGUCUUGCGUGUAUUAAGCCUUCCUUGCAUUUCACGUCAAGGCAAGCCUCCCACAUCUGAGAAGCAGAGUAUAUGCCCUAGAGUGCAGCUGCGUGAUGAUACACUCCCUGGAUGUACAGUUAUCACAAAAGGAAUUACGAGAGAAACAAUGACUUAGAUGAGCACAGUAGAAAAUGCAAGCAGGUGAUGCAUGCCAGAUAUAUUUUACUCGACAGAAACCUUUGAGAUGGCCAUUAGAGAAUUUGGCAAGGAGCUGCUUCACGAGCACUAAGGAGUCUUUCACACAAGAUGUCCCUACUUGUGGAAGUCAUUAAAUCUAUGAAAUGUAAACCUUAAAAAUUCUGUUUUUUAAGGAAAGAACGAAGUGUCAGACCAGAAGAUCCUAAAGCAAUGGGCAAGGAAUUUGUUCAGGAACAAGGAAACGCAGCACCCGAGAAACAAAUGUGAUUCAGCGUGUUGGAGGCAUCAUGUUCCCCAGAUCUGAUCUGUUCCUGAUUUCACUGAAAUUAAAGGCUGUGUUGUGUUUGGUUUCUGUCACAGGGGAGUUGGGCUCACAGGAGCUGAGCAGAUGCCCUGGUGAUACGCUAGUUAAGCUGUUGCAGAAUGACUCAAGUGACUCUGACUUGGGCUAAAAGAGGAUCUAGUCUAAUAAGCGGGGUUGCAUUUUUGCCCUUGGUAACACGGUUGUGACUUGCACAGCUGUCUGCUGGAGAUUUAUACUGUGCUCUUUUCAAAUGUUCCCAUCAGCACUCCCACUCAGGCACUAGGCAGACUGAGUGAGUUCCCCUGUGUUUCGGGGGACUCAUACCACCAUGGUGUCAGACUUCCUUGACCUCUCAAAACAAAGGCCCCAGAUAAAAAAGAUCUGCUGGCUUCCCCUCCUCAUCUGCUUUUCCUGCAGUGGCUCUAUGUACCUAACCCUGUUCUGUGUGCGUGGGUAAAGAGAAAAGAACAAUACUGAAAGCUUAGCUGCCGCUUGUUUGGGCAGGCAAAGCUACAGACUCUUUGCUUAAGGGCCACAGAGAUUACCUCUUCCUUCUUUUCUCUAUAUAAUCAUGGCAUCCCAGUGUGGGAUGUGGGAAGUGCAGAAUCUUUCUCAUGCUGCUCUAUACUUUGUAACCUUGUAGAAGAAGACUUUUGUGUGUGUUGGGAUAAGAUGAUGCCAGUGAAGGCGCUUAGUAAUAAGUGUUCCCUGUGUGUUUACUGUGGGCUGUGGUUUUCUCAGCUAAGAGGUAGCAGGGGAAAGGGAGAGUUCCUACACCUAUCUACUGUGAAACAGGUUAUAUAUAUUUUUUUGUUUCUUUAUGUGGAUUUUGGCACACUUCUGCAUCUGUGUGGACACAGACCUAUGGCAGAACUCCUGAUUUUGGUCUGCAUCCAUUUCCAUUCAGAAAGUUUGAGAAGAGUGAAAAUUUCACUUUGGGUUCUGGUGUGGACUUCACUGAAUUUGUUUGUACAGACUUGAUAACUGGAAAGGUUCAUUAUUCAAACAUUUCAUUUCCAGAACCAAUAAAUAGAUAAAUAAAUAAAAGGACCUGAGAAUGGGGAAGUUUUAUUAUUCAAACAUCUUUCCAGAACUGUCUAUGACCUACCAACUUAUGAAUCUGUAACUGGUGCUGCUGUUUUCACUGUCUGCAGUGGUCCCUGCACUAGGGUGCUGGUCCACCCUCUGCAUGUGCCCUGUGAGAGCUGCAGCUGCAAUUGGGGCAGGUGCCAUCAGUGUGGCUGCUGCCAGCAUGGCCUUCGCAAGGAAUGGAGGAAGGAGGGCCCGAGGAACCUGUCGCUCUGCUGCCUGUGGGUGCUGGGGAUGUUCCUGCUGUGAUGGGCCAGCUGUAAAAGUGGGUACUGUGUGAGGUGGAGGAGCAGAAGUGGCAGACGAGGUCUGGCUGCUGCUUGGUGGCAGCAGAGAGGGGGCCAUAGGCUGACACAUUUCCCUCUGUGCUGGUGCAACAGGGUCUGGCAGGGUUGGAGCAGUGCCGGCUUGGGUGGCAGCAUUCUUUGUGCAGUUGAGUGGCGGGGGGCCCAUGCGUACCACUGUCUCUGUCCUUUCUUCCUUUUCUGCUGCCAUCAGGCUCCUGUCUUGCCCAGCAGCUGCUCCCCACAUGGGCUGGGCACCUGGGCUGCACCUCAGGUGGCUGUCAUUCAAGUCUCCCUGCAGGGCAGAGGCAGCCGCCUCUUGUCUCUUCAGGGCAGCUCUUCUCUGGCAGCGUUUGAGCAGUUGUGGCUCAUCUCCCUUGAAGCAUGAGUGAUAGUAGAAGAAUAACUAAAAAAAUGCAAAGGAGAAGAAUUAGAUCCUAUCCACUUGGGACUGAAAGGCAGCAAGAUACAGGAAGUAAGACUUUUAACUGCUGAAGACAAACAAGGAUAUUAAAAGGGUCUAUCGGUCAGUUUAAUCCUGAGGCCUAGGCUGACUAAAACAAGAUAUGUUGCAAAGGUAUUGAAAUAAAUAGACACAUCAUAUCCUGAUUUAUCUUUCAUUCCAUGGGUUCAAACUUGGUUAUAAGCCAAAUCUGUUUUAUCCAUAUUUCUACUACUCAGCAGUGCUACCUCUAGAAUACCUGGAAACAGAAGAAAGAAAUGGAGAUCAGAGUAUUUACUGUCAUCCUCAUCUCCUCUACUACUAAGGCUUAUUUUCCUGGAAUCUCCAUCCCUCCUACCAGAAUGCUGUGAGUUGGUUUAUGUGUGAUACCUUCCUGUGAGCAGCAAAUGCUGCUUCUGCUGGAAAUUCAGGAACUGAGGGAGAUCUUUUGUAGUUACAUUGUAUUUUGGUGAAUACAUGUAGAUUAAGUUGUCGAAUGAGGCUUUCCAUGUUUUCAGUCCAAAAAGCUCUCAGAGGUUCUUUGCUUCACAGUAGUUCAACUUCAAACAUUUCUUCAUCAGUUACAACAGUUUCCACUAUGACACCAUGUCAUCUUAAAUUGGUCACUUUCAACCAUUCACCAGUGUUUCUGUGGAAAGCUGAGGGCUGAGAAAAUGCUGGCUUUGCUUUCCUUAGAAGAAAUGGGAGGUGAACAUUUGGUUUCCUCUUCAUCAGAAAAAGUUAGCGAAUCCUCUUCCUUUAUCCAUGCUACAGCAGCAUUACGAGCUGUUCCUUGAUGCUCUCCUGGAGGAUCAAGAGAAGAGGAGCCUGAGGACUCAACCAGCUUAUCUGGCUCAGUAACAGAAGAUGUUUCUGAUUCAGGUGGUUCAACUUUAAUUUUUCUUGUCUCAGUUUGAUCAAAGUUCUCAUGUAGAGGCAUUUCUGCAAUGAGUUAGUCUUUGCUCUCCAAGUCAGCAAGCAAAAUCUAGCUGAACUGGGAGUUCCAGUGGGAGUUGCUCAGGGGUCCCCAUGAUGCCCACAUGUCAUCACAGUGACAUUGCUGUGUGAUGCCCAAGUCCUGGCUGACUGGAGAUACAGUGCGAAGAUGGAGCAAAGCUCUGUGCUCCUGCACAGAGCUGUGGGAGUUUUGAGUCAGGAAGUAAAUUGUAUUUAAAGGGGUUCACUCCUCACCCAGAACUUGCUUUCCCUUCCCUGUAUGGUCCCCUAAAUAGGUCCCUUCUGGCCUCCUUGGUGUCUUUCCGGUUCUUCAGAUUGGAGAGGGGAAAUAAGUUUCCCAAGCAGUGUUAACAAAAGAAAAUAGCAGUCUCUUCCAGUUUGCCACCAUUUCUUGCAAAUGCUCCAUGAUUUCAAUAGUACAGCUUCUGCAAGGGAUUAGUUGUGUACCCAGGUGAUGCUAUGCAAUGUCAGCAGUCUCACAGAGGCUAUUCUCUAGGUCCAGCUGGAAAAAGGCACUAAGUCAGUUUUGCUGACAGCAUGAACAGAUGUGCAACCCCUCUUUGCUUCCUAUGCUUUUACUAGAUAAUUUAGAAAUUUAGAAAGCAAGCUAACAGAAUCAGUGAUGUUCUUUAAGCCUUUUAAGUCACACUCUUCUCUACAGGAUCAAGUGCUUAAUGUGUCAGAGGAAGGCUCGGUCUGGAAAUGGUGUCUGGAUGCAGCACUCAAGUGUCUGCCUCAAAUAAGGGCAAGAUUCACCAGAGGGCCAUGCUCAUGGCAUUGAGCUUGCCAGAAUUCAAGGAACAUCUGGACAAUGCUCUCAGCUAUAUGGUGUGAUUUUUGGGUGGUCCUGUGUGGAGCCAGGAACUAAACUUGAUUAUCCUUGUAGGCCCUUUCCAACUUGUGAUAUUCUGUGAUUUCAGUGACUUGAAAAUUAGCACCAGCUCUGUAAUUUCCUACUGCUUGCUACUGAUUAAAUAUACAAAAUCAGUUGCAAAGUGUAUAUAGAAUUAUAACAUAGCCCAGUGUUUCAGACUUCUGAAUUUUUAAGAAAAUAUUAGCUUCCAUUACUUGUUACUUUGUACACUUUAGUUUGCACAGACAGGACAUAAGAGAAUCAAUUACAUUUAAAUAAGUGGUGUUAAAUAAAUACAUACCAAACUAACUCCCUUCUCCAAAAGCAGCGAAGAGCAACCAGAAGUGCAUGAGAUGUGAAACAGUUUCCAAUUUAAGGUGACCGUCUUCUUUUUGAACAUUUGAAGUCAGUGGAGUCUGCAACAGUUACUUUAAAAACGGGGUCUGUUGUGUGAUGAGUUGUUGUCUGCUCUCGGAAGGCAAAAAGUUAAGCCGACAUUUUCUUAAUCGAACCCAAGAUUACCACACUAAUUUCAAAAACUUAAUUCUCUUUUGUAACAUACGUUUUUCUUCUCCUGUUUUCUUCUUCGAUUUUGAGCCUUCCAUGUGGAAUACAGACUGUUCUGUAUGUGUCCUCUUUAAAAUUUCAUGUGCUACAGAUGAAUCAGUUAGUGAAGAAUUCAUGACUCAUUCCUACAACAAAAUGUCAUGAACUUCCCCACCUAUGCGGCCUGAUCAUCACACCCCUACUGAUUUAUCUCCUUGCAAACUUUCUUAUUCCUUCUGCAGAAAGUUCUUUGUUUUCUUUCUGGUGUUGCAUCCAUAAGGACCUUGUUAUUGACUUUUUGCUGAAAUGAAAGUCAUGAUAAAACUCGAGAUUUCCAGGAUUACAGUAUCCAACUACAGGGAUGGCUGGUUGAGUCCGUCGCUGCUCUGGGAAGGCCUGGGCCGUGCUGCUGUGCCCCAACUGGGUUAGCCUCUGCCUCCGGCCCUGCUGGGGAUGGCCCUGCCAGCGGGCAGCACCUCCUGAGCCCGGGCUGGGGCGGCUCACUGAGUGCGGCUCUGUGGAAACUAUGUGAGCUGGUUCUGCUCUCCUGAAGUAAACAUGAUGAAAACGGAGUCUUCGGGAGAAAGAUCGACCCUCCGAAGUGCCUCUCCUCACAGGAAUGCUUACAGAACUGAGUUCCAAGCGCUGAAAAGCACCUUUGACAAACCAAAAUCAGAUGGAGACCCAAAAACGAAAGAGGAAGGAGAGGCCGCUCAGAGCAGGGGGAGGAAAUAUGGCUCAAAUGUCAAUAGGAUUAAGAACUUAUUCAUGCAGAUGGGCAUGGAGCCCACGGAAGGUGCUGGAGCUGCCCCCAAAACCAGGGGGAAGGGUGGCCCUCCAUCACCUCAGAGACGAAACAGGCCCAAAGAGUUUGUUGAGAAAGCAGACGGUUCAAUUGUAAAAUUGGAAUCUUCUGUUUCAGAGAGGAUUAGCAGGUUUGACACCAUCCAUGAUGGCCCUUCUUACUCCAAGUUUACCGAAACGCGGAAGAUGUUUGAGCGCAACGCUCAUGACGUGGGACACUCCAAUCGCUAUUCCCCAAAGAAGGAGAGGGCAGCCUCCAGCGAGCUGGCGGAGGAGUGGUGCAGCUCCAAGUUGCACAGGGGCAGCACUGACUCCCUGGACAGCCUCAGCCCCAGGACGGAGACCGUGUCUCCGACCGUGAGUCAGCUCAGUGCCGUUUUUGAAAACGCCGACUCACACAACGUCGUUGUUUUGGAAAAGUCGGAGAACAACGAAGAAUACUCCGUAACCGGUCACUACCCGCUCAACCUCUCCUCCAGCGUCACAAACAUCUCCUCCCCUGUUGCAAACCUCGAGGGCUUUAGUCCUCUGAAGGAUGCUGGCACGUGGUCUCCGCCAGCCAAGCAGGGAUCCAGCGCGGUGUCUGCCGAGCACUCUCAGCGUAACAGUGCGCCUCCUGCGCCGAGACAGAAGGUGACCACAGGCACUGUGUCGGGUUCAAAAACAGCUGAAGAAGUCAAGAAGAACGCAGAGCCAAGUGCUGAUUCUGUUGAGAGCCCUGCGGUGAGUCAACAGGAUCUGGUGCUUGACCGCGAAAGGUCUGCGGACAGUUCUGCAAGGAGUAAGGCAAAAACAGACACAGAAGUUUUGUUGAGACAAAAGGAACGUUCCGAACAUGCAGAGGGUAUUGCUGAUAGACCUGAAGCUGCAGAAAUACCAAGAAAUUUAGUUUCAGGGGAUGAUUUAGUAGCAGAUGCUGCUUCGGAUGCUGCUGAGACCCAUUAUGAUGAGGCAAGUGAGAAAGAAGUGCAUGAGGAUGGGAAUAAUUUCCAGAGUUCCCACGUGUACAUGCACUCUGACUACAACGUGUAUAGGGUACGAUCGAGGUAUAACUCCGACUGGGGAGAGACGGGGACAGAACAGGAUGACCAGGAUGACAGUGAUGAGAAUAACUGUUACGAACCUGAUAUGGAAUACUCGGAGAUUAAUGGAUUGCCAGAUGAAGAUGAGAUCCCAGCCAACAGAAAAAUACAGUUUAGCCGUGCUCCAAUUAAGGAAAAAGCAUCCCAAAUCAGUUCUGAUCUUGUCUGUGAUCUGAACCCCUUUUCAUGGGUUUUCAAUACAUACUCCAAUGAAGACUAUGACAGGAGAAAUGAUGAAGUUGACCCAGUGGCUGCAUCAGCUGAAUAUGAACUCGAGAAGCGUGUGGAAAAGCUGGAGCUUUUCCCAGUUGAACUAGAAAAAGAUGAAGAUGGACUUGGCAUUAGCAUUAUUGGAAUGGGAGUUGGAGCAGAUGCAGGCCUUGAAAAACUGGGAAUAUUUGUCAAAACAGUAACAGAAGGUGGGGCAGCGGAAAGAGAUGGCAGGAUCCAAGUGAAUGACCAAAUUGUGGAAGUUGAUGGCAUCAGUCUGGUUGGCGUUACACAAAAUUUUGCUGCAACUGUUCUUAGAAACACCAAAGGGAAGGUCAGGUUUGUAAUUGGCCGAGAAAAACCAGGCCAAGUGAGCGAGGUUGCGCAGCUGAUUAGCCAAACUCUGGAACAGGAACGCCGCCAGAGAGAGCUCCUGGAGCAGCAUUAUGCACAGUACGAUGCAGAUGAUGAUGAGACAGGGGAAUAUGCUACAGAUGAAGAAGAUGAUGACAUGGGACCUGUCCUUCCUGGAGGUGACAUAGCUAUUGAAGUGUUCGAUCUUCCUGAGAAUGACGACAUGUUCUCCCCCAGUGAUGUGGACACCAGCAAGCUCGCUCACAAGUUCAAAGAGUUGCAAAUCAAACAUGCAGUUACAGAAGCUGAAAUUCAGAAGCUGAAGACGAAGCUACAGGCUGCUGAGAAUGAGAAGGUGAGGUGGGAACUGGAGAAGACCCAACUGCAGCAGAACAUUGAGGAGAAUAAGGAGAGGAUGAUGAAAUUAGAGAGUUACUGGAUUGAGGCCCAAACCCUGUGUCAUACUGUGAACGAGCACCUGAAGGAGACACAAAGCCAGUAUCAAGCUCUGGAGAAGAAAUAUAACAAGGCAAAGAAGUUAAUCAAGGAUUUCCAGCAAAAAGAACUUGACUUCCUCAAACGCCAGGAAGCUGAACGGAAGAAAAUAGAAGAUUUGGAGAAAGCCCAUCUUGCAGAGGUUCAAGGCUUACAGUCUCGUAUACGAGACUUGGAAGCAGAAGUUUUCAGGCUACUGAAGCAAAAUGGGAGCCAGGUUAACAAUAACAACAACAUAUUUGAAAGGCAGACAUCUUUUGGAGAAGUUUCUAGAGGAGAUCCAGUGGAAAAUGUAGAUACUAAGCAAGUCUCCUGUCUGGAUGGCUUAAGUCAAGAUUUCAACGAGGCAGUGCCAGAAACAGAGAGACUGGACUCAAAGGCUCUGAAAACCCGAGCUCAGCUUUCAGUGAAGAACAAGCGGCAGAGGCCAACUAGGACAAGGCUCUAUGACAGCAUCAGUUCAACUGAUGGAGAGGACAGCCUUGAACGAAAGCCAUCAAACAGUUACAGUAGUCCCAUGCACAUUUCAAAAUCACCACUGCCCUUAUGCAUGAGAGCAUCCUCACCAGCAUCAGAUUCUGGUGCUUCCUCCCUCUCCCCAGUGGCUAGCAGUGCAGCAAUCUCCCUUGACAACCUAACUGAAAACCAAGAAGAAGGACAGCACCACAAAGGAGGUGUCCUUUCCCUGUGUGCUCGGGGAGACACUCCACUUUCCUCUCCUUCAAAAUCUGGGCACAGCUCUGAAGCAUCUCCUUUGCAUCACCCAGCUGGCAGGAAUGUUUUGCAAGAUCAAGAUGGUGCCACAUGUACCCAGGCAGCAAGAACUACUCUCCCUACUAUAGGGCAUGCAGAAAAACUAAAGCGAAAACUUGCAGAUCUCGGGGCUCCCUUGCGAAGGAGUUCAAACAAGGGCAAGAAGCGGAAAGAGAAAGAAGCUAUUAGGGUGACCUGUGGCAUUAGGACCACCAGAGAGAUGCUGCAGAAAUCAGCCAACAGUAAAUCUUUAACAGAAUGGUCCUCCUCUCUCCCACACUGUGUACCACUCACAUGGUAUGGAGAGGGUGGCAAGGGAUCCAAUUCUUCUAGCAACCUGCCGUCACCUACCAGCUCAACAGAACCUUCCUCUGAAAACAUAAGCCCAGCUAAAAAAGGGUCAAAGAAUUUCACGUUCAACGAUGACUUCAGUCCCAGCAGCACAAGUUCAGCUGAUCUGAGUGGUUUAGGAGCAGAACCCAAAACCCCAGGUUUCUCACACUCCUUAGCACUAUCGUCAGAUGAGAGCCUGGAUAUGAUUGAUGAUGAGAUCCUCGAUGAUGGACAGUCUCCAAAGCACAGCCAGUGCCAGAACCGGGCUGUUCAGGAGUGGAGUGUGCAGCAGGUUUCCCACUGGUUAAUGAGCCUGAACCUCGAACAGUAUGUUUCUGAAUUCAGUGCCCAAAACAUUAAUGGGGAGCAUCUCCUUCAACUGGAUGGGAGUAAGCUUAAGGCUCUUGGUAUGACAUCUUCCCAGGACAGGGCAAUCGUUAAGAAGAAGCUAAAGGAAAUGAAAGCAUCCCUGGAGAAAGCUCGCAAAGCCCAAGAGAAAAUGGAAAAGCAAAGGGAAAAGCUUCGGAAGAAGGAACAGGAGCAACUGCAGAGGAAAUCGAAGAAAACAGAGAAGUCUUCGUCAGAAGCAACAGAGGGCACUAAUGAGCAGUGAUAAGCAGAAGUGCUGCUGGGUUUGUAACGCUUCGAGGGAAGAGAAACUCACACCCACUCUGGUGCCCCUUCAGCUUUCUUGCGUUCAUUACACAUGAGUGUGUACAGAGAAAUGGAGCUAUAAAUAGAAUGACUGGGGAACUUUAUCUUGUGUAGUUUUAUUUUCCUGCAUAUCCAGUUCUCGCUCGUUGUUGUUGCCAUGUUAAACAACCCCAGCCCCUCGGUUUGUUUUGUUGUUGUUGACAGCUAACAGGUUUCAUAUUUGUGUGGCAGUGUUUCCUUCCAAACUACUCUUUUCUUUUGAGCUUUGUGUGUUCGGUCACUUCAGUAACCAGCAUGAUGCUGAGGAGCAUGGUCCACUUCUUCACCUCUUCUAAACACGAUGGCCAGUCAAAGCGAUUGGUGGACACUUAUUCAUCUGAGUAAAAGGAGUUUUCUCUGUCUGAAAGGAGAUGACUUACUUAACUUUCUAACUGGAAUUUCCACUUCUCUGCAGUGUUUUGAUACUCAGUUCCAUCUACUGGAGUAAGUUUCGUCUUGCAUCAGUACGUUGAAGCGACACUGCUCUGGAAACACAACUGUUCCGUGACUUCUUAAUAUACACUGGAGAUAAAGACAGGAGAGUGGAUAUCCCCCCUGGGUAAAAGACAGGAGGUGGUACUCUUUCUGUUAACUGUACAGUAGUUAAUCCAGGAAGGAGGCAAAGCCUUAAACGAUUAUGUGGGUUUACACAGGAAUCUGAGGAUAACAUUUAUCCUUUAGAUAUCUGAGCAAGGAUGAAUUUCUAUCUAGAGCACAGCGUAUAGAUCUGUACAAAUUUCUUUGUGCUCCCAGUGCGUAGUUAACUUUCUUAUAGCACACUCUGCUUUCUUUUUCAUGUAUUUUGAACAGGAAACUGGGCUUAUUUUGUUUUGUUUUGUAUUUUUUUCCAAGAAAAACACAUCUUCAGAUGCGUUCUCCAAUAAGCAUUGGAAGUGUAUGUUUUGUGCUGUGCUGUUAUGAAGCUGUCAUUGGAAACGAUUAUCAAAGUUGAGUCUGCUGAAGACUUUGAGUUUUUACAGAAGUGCACUUUAAGCAGAGGAAGAAGAGGGAUUCUGGUUAGGAUUGAAUUCAGUACGUUGAUUCUAAAAUCAGUGCUGCCUUGGAGGUGAAGGUUACUAAAUCCAAAGCUGCCAUGUAUUAACUAUUUUGAUUGAUGUGUUUAAAGAAUAUCUCCACUAAAACCUGAAUUUUUAGGCAUGGGCUGCAGAGCGUUUGGAUGGUUUAACAGGAGUCUUGUUACAUAUGCCAGAGGUUCCUGUUCUCCCGGCCCGUUGAGUCCAUUGGCGAAGCCUGCUGAAUAGUUUUGACUGUGACAGAAGCAGAGCAUAACUCACACUGGGUGAUGUUGCUGCCUCUUAAGAGCAGCGUUAAAAUAUUCAUUAUUUCCUCAGAAGAAUGAAAAGACAAAUGGCAAAUAUCCACCACAAGAAACUGGAGGUGUUACCUUACUGCUUUUAGUCAGAGCUAACUAUGCAGCAGCAUUUGUAUUUGAGAGACAUCAUAUCUGUUUGUGCAUCAUGGAAGUAGCAGCCUUCAUCUGGCCAGUCAUGCUACCAUGGAAGUUGUUUAAGAUGUUGAUGCAAAGGUAUAAACCUGAACUUCAAAUUUGCCAACGUUGAAUUCUUUGGAAGAAAAUGUUUGUUUUAGUUUGGCUUGGCUUCUCUCCUGCUCUGUACUUUAUGACAUUCAGAUUUGCCUGUCAAGUUCUCUGAAAUUCAGAUUUGAAACAGUUGGGGUGCAAUGUUUAGAGUUAAAUGUCUUUGAUCAUAAUCAUUUCUUUGAUGUAUAGAAUGGUCCGUACACCGACAGAGCCUACUGCAUUCAAAGCUACUACACAGCAUAUCUACUUAGUCUUACCUUAGUUUUGCUUCCAAAUCCAAUUUCUACAAGUUUCUGGUGUAUAUUUUACUCAAACAUAAGAACAAAGCUACCAUCAGAUAUACUUUCUAAUAUUUCUAAUGGCUUCUGAUAUUUUUCUUGAGAUAGACCACGGGCAAAAAUAGACGUGCUAACAAGAAUUGCACAUCAGAGUGAAUAUUUGUGCACUCUCUGUUGGAAAAAAAAAUACAACAAAGUUUUAACAGCCUGAUAAAAGUAGCAUUCUGUCAUCUUUGGAGGUUAUAAAUUUAUACUCAAGUGAGAGAAGUUCUCUGGAAGAAACUGGAAAUAUCAUAUUUUAAAUACGAUGUUGAUAAAAUGCAUUUGAUGAUUUUAAAUUAUGUUUACAUUAUAGUAAUGUUCAAGUGGUUGUAUGCAGUAAUCUGAGGUGGUGUCCCUGCUUUAUGUUGUCUGUGUUCCUAGGAACCUGAGCAGGCUGCUUGCCGUUAUACGUUGAGUUUUCAUUCUUGCAGCUUAGAAAAGUGCCUCGUUAAUCUGUUUGUAAAUCAGGUUAUUACUCUACAGAAUAACUAAUUUGACCUACUGAAAUCCUUACAGUAUCUGUGUUUUUUUAUUGCUUUGUGGUGAUAUUACUUCGUUAGUCUCCAAUUUAAAAAUAAAAAAUAAAAAAAAAAUGAAAAAGCAGUAGCUUACAUUUAAAAUAAAACCAUAAAAUGCAUAUUGACCAACACAUGGAAACAGAGCAAACCAAGCAAUGUCAGGAGUUUGCUCCUCUUUCUGUGAUAAAAGAGAUUUGUGUGGUUCCUUUUCUUACGGUCACAUUUUGGGGGCACGGAGAAAUGUCACUGGACUACAGACAUAAAAAGCAGUGCAGUCUGAAACCUCUAUUGCUGUUCUAUAGGAUGUUUAAAGUUGUGUUGCAUUUCUUCCCCUUUUAUUGUGUAACGGCAUCUGUGAAACAGAAGAUGAAGUUGUCUCAUCAUUGUGAACUUAAAUUUCCUGUAAACCAAUGCUAAGUCAGACUAAUGGUUUUCUGUGUGUGUGUAAUAAGAAACACGUAACUCCAUGCUAAACGACUGGAAAGACUUUCUCUUGGCUCACCUGCAGGAGUAUCUGUAGCCCACUUUUGCAUCACUCUUGCUGGAGUUCAUGCAGUUUUGGAUGUGCUGACAGAGCUGUGCAGGCAGCUCAGAGGUUCCAUGCCUCUGCGAUGCCCAUGCCUGCUCCAUGCCCAGCUGCCCAUGGCUAGCAGAAGGUGACCAGGAUGCUUCUGGGACCUCUGGUUGUGCUCCUCUUGCCAUGGCGGUGCCUGUCUGCCUGCAUGCACACAUCUGGCUUGUGAAGGGUUGCAGACGUAGCCCACAGAGCAAAAAGGAGAGCUAGCUGGAGCUUGGAAAAGCAGAAAGUAAGAGAUGCAGCAUGGCGGGUUACUGGAGUCCUGAAGUCCUGCACUGAGGUUCUGGGGGAGUGCAGUGGCUCUUUGCUCUAUCCAGGUCUGCCAAGCAUACUGACCUUGCUUCCACCUUGUGUUUUUCCCCGUGUGACAUGAGUUACAGCUCCCAGUAAGGUUUCCAUCUGCCUGGGCAGACCAGGACCAUGCAUGAGGAAGGAGCUCGGGCUGGUAUGUGCAGGGCACAGAGCACUGCUAGCUGCUGUGUGUACUUUACCCAGUGGUCCCAGCAGAAGUGGUUGUGCUCACUGUUGGCAGAGCCCGUUCUAGCUCAUGGGCUACAGUUGUCUAGCAGACCAGCAGCCAGUACUAAGAAGCUGAACAGAAUUAAGUGAUGUUUGUAUCUCAGCAUGUGCAAAUCUGGUUUGGUUUUGAUUCUUUUUGCAAAGGCAUCCGUUGUGCCAUGACUCUGGUCUGCUGCAGGAUACUGCAAGAAUCCAGGUUUUACAAGAAUUACCGAGCAGGCAACUUUGAGGUUUGCCUGGCUUCUGCUCUCAUUAGCAUUCACCUAGCAUCAGGAUUUCUAACACCCCAGCUGCUUGCUUCCAUCUAAGCCUCCUGCCUUUCAAGCUGCUCCACUCCAAGCUGCUCGUGUGCUGGCAAAUAAGAGGUGGGCAAUGCUGUGUCAUCCCAGCACUGAAAAGCAAAAGGAAAGCUUCGCACAUAGCCAGCUGUGGGUCUUGGAAGGCUCUGCAGUGUGGUCUGUGCUGUUUCUCAGUGCUGAAGUUUAAGGGAAGUUUGCAGGAAUUAAGUCAUAUAUGAAUUAUUUAGCCAUGUGUUCACAGCGGAAAACUACUGUCAGAAAGCAAAGCCCGAUUUUGCUUUUUUGAGGUGCGGCCUCUUCCCCUUCAAUGUCAUCCAACCAAGUGGCGGAGAGGCUGGGCCCUUUCUGUAGCAAUUCCUUCCUCCCAUGCUUCCCUCAUUUAAAACCUCAGGAAACCGAAGCCGUGAGCCAGAACGCUGAAAGAAAUAUGAUAAAAGCAGGCACACGCUUAAUGAACUUGGAAGUCUUUAACAGCUGAGUGCAGGGGGCGGUUGGAUGGGUCCGUCUGGGGUUUGUUAACAACAGAAAAGAAUGAAGUGGCUCAGUCUUUCCAGAAAUGAAGAGGCCAAGUGAUUGUAACUUGAGUCCUCUGGAAAUGAACAGGAGUGGGUCUGUGUGUGUCUGUGCACAUGGAUGUGUCUGUGCACGUGGAUGUGUGUGCGCCUCAGCACCUCUGCUCAGCAGCAGCGGGUGGGCUGCCACAGGGCUGUGGGCACGAAGCCGGCACAUCGGCUUUGCUCUGCUUGCGGGGCCUUGUGUAUUUUGCUGCUCCCAGGGUGUUAAAAGUUCUGUUAGAACCCGGAGUGUUUUUCCGUAGGUCUUCCUGCGUGUUGUCCUCGUGCUGGUUUUUAAGUGGGGGAAGGCUGGCAGGGUUGGUGGACCACAUUGUUGGUAUUCCGGGAGGAAAAGCCCGUUCUCAUACUUUAUAAGCCCGAGUUGUGCUGGAGCUCUUUGGGCAGCUCAUUGCUGAGCGGGCUGUGAGUGACUCCCCCCAGGGUCACCGCUGACCGUGGGUCGCUCCUCUGCCCAUAGACUUCCCAGCGCACACGUUGUGUCUGCAUUGCUGCUUCUGUAUCUCCCGACCACGCUGCAAUGCUCACUCACCGGUGUACGUACUGCUAGACGACCAGGCAGCUAAAAGACUAAAAUGCACUGUGCUCACUGUAAAAAUUGGCUUUGUAACGUUGUUCCUUUUUAUAUGGUUGAAGAGGUGGUUGCGCUUCAGAUUUUUUCCUUUUUCGGUUGUUUUCUAAAGAGGUCAAAUGUAUAUGAAGUGCAUGUUUUGCCCUGAGCUUUCUGUUUGUACAUCUUGGUGUCGAAUCAUCUGCAUGAAGGACGCGGUAGUGCCAUGUCUGAGCUUGUCCCCUUGUGCUUUAGUCAGUAGCAACUUCUCUAUAGAGCGUUGAGUUUUCCCCCGGAUGAUUUUCUUUAAUGUUUAGUUAUUUGGAGACAUCAAAACAAAACAUCAUGGUGGCCCUUUGUUUUCUUACAGUUUAAAUAUAAACAACAAAGCCUCGUGGUUUGAAGUUAAUUUGUUAGUGUAAAUAAAUUUCUUGCCAAUGAGUAUUAUUGUUGUUAGACAACGAAUGCAAUAAAAUGAGAAAUCCUGAAUCUUUA